CCGGCUGAUGGAGAGAUCUUCACUGUCAUACCGUCCCAGUACUCUGAGACUUCAGACAAAUCUGAGUCAAACGAGUCAAAUGGUCGACUGGUGGAAGUUUCAUUCCCAGUUCCAUGGAGGAGGACGAGUUGCAGCAGAAGGAGAAGGACCAGCAGCAGCAGCAGCAGGAGGAGGAGGAGGAGGAGGAGGUGGUAGACGUAUUAAUGUCGCCCAAAGCAGGAAGGAUGGGAAGGGCCAGGUGCAGCAAAAGCAUCCGGGGCCUGAGGAGCAGGAGGGCAUUGAACGUCCAGCAGCUGUCGAAAGCUUCUUCAUCACGAAGCGGCGGCUCGAGAAAUUGGCGGGAAAUGGACCAAUCGUUUUGACCUUUGGCAAUUUCGCUUGGCGGGAAUUCCUCUUUAAUUGGGCCAUCUCGGCGAAUCGAGUGGGAAUGGGCAAUUACCUGAUCGCCGCACUGGAUGAAGAGGUUCUCUGGAGUCUUUUUCAGUGCGGCAUUCCUGUCGCCGUCUCCAGAAUGGGUUUCUUCCCCCCCCAUCGUGCUAACUGGGGUACUGCAGCGUUCAGAAAACUCCAGGUUGUUAAACCCUCUCUAAUUCUCGACGUGUUGGACGCUGGGUUCGAUGUCCUGAUCAGCGAUGCCGAUGAGGUAUUUCUUCAAAACCCCCUCCCUUAUCUAGUCUCCCACCCCGAGGCUGAUCUCCUCUCCUCAACGGACUGUCCUUUAGUUGAGCGACACGAGUCUUCCUCUUUCCGCUUUCUUAGUAUUAACCAUUCCGUCGUCGGCAAUUUCGAGGAAUCCGAUUCCCGUGUUUUUCCCCCAGAAGGUCGACUAGAUUCAGUCGAGCCGGGACCUUGGCCUGCAUGCGACGCCAAGUUGUAUCACUUCAAUGUCGGCCUUAUGUUCUUCAGAAGCCGACGAUCAUGCCUCAGAUUGAUACGUGAUUGGGUCCGAACCCUAUCCAGAACAGAACAAGAUGACGUGGCACAGUCUUGGGAUCAACAGCUGCUAAACGAUCUCAUCAAGCGGACUCUACCGUCCGAUUCCUCUCGAUUCAUCUCCGAGUCGGGAUCCGUAUACUAUCGACUGUACGAUGGCUCUCUCGUCGUUGGCGCCUUGCCACAAGCACUCUUUGUCAACGGUCUAACCUUCUUCUACAACCAGCUUCCUGUUCCUGUUCCUUUUCCCGUUCCUCUCCCUGUUUCUGUUCCCGUACCUGUAUCUGGUCCAUUUCCCGUUCCUUUCCCUGUUUCUGUUCCCGUACCUGUAUCUGGUCCAUUUCCGGGCGCCGAAGCAAGGCCCAUAGUAGGACCAGAUUCCGAACCAAGAACCAUGGCGCCAGCUGGAGGUGGCAACGACGGCGGCGGAGGAGGAGGAGAGGGAAGAGGAGGAGGAGGAGGAAGAGGAGGUGCCGCGGCAGCUGGUCUUGACGCUGCUGGAAUUACGACCAGCACAAGUAGAGGUACGGAUCCCCUCCAGUCUCGCCCCCGUCCUCCACUCUCUCGUCGGGACGGUCGCGUAAGCGACAUGCCCCCUCCUGCAGCCGGUGGUUCGGUACCUGGUCGUGAUUUUGACCAACGUGCCAGCGGCGAUGGCAGCAGCAGCAGCAGCAGCAGCAACAGCGACAACAACAACAACAACAACAACAACAACAACAACGACGAAGUCAAUGACGGCGGGAAAUUAGUUCAUAGUCGCAGUGGUAGAACGAUUUUAAAACUCCCUCUUCCGUAUGUGAUUCACACCAAUUAUGAAGGAGAUAGCUGUUUAAAGAGGAUGCGGCUACGUGACGCCGCGCUGUGGGAUAUGGAUUCUCCAUCUUAUCUUUUUGCGCCGAAGAAGAAGGGCUUCCUUCAUUACAGCCUGCCGUCAAAGGCACUCUCCGAUGCCGUACUAGAUGCCGCCGCCAGCAAUCGAACAGUCAACCUGUUGCUCAGGAAAUUGCAAUUGGCAUGUUUUCGUGACGCUCUGGCGAUCGCCUUGGCUCUCGAUCGUGUUCUCAUCAUGCCCACGCUGGUCGGAGAUUGGCCUCCCUUCAUGCCCUUCAUGGAAUCUGCGGGCAAGCUGCCGGGAGUUCGACGGCAGGGAUGGACCGAUAACGUCAUCAAGAUCUGCGAUCUGGAUCGCGAUGGCGGAGAAUCAACGGACAUAAUUCGUGGACGUAAUUUCUUAAGUCAUCGCUGGAUCGGAGGAGAGCAGAUAUGGAACUCACGUUUAGACGUUCUCGUUCUAGGAGGAGGAGGAGGAGGAGGAGGAGGAGGGGAAGGCGGAGGAGGAGUUGGUGAGUUUCUGGAGGAGAUGACGGGGAAAUCCAACUGGCAAAGCGAGGAGGAGGAGGAGGAGGAGGAGGAGGAGGAGGAGGUGACACAGGAGCAGAAGGAGAAGGAGAAGGAGAAGGAGAAGGAGAAAAAAAUUAUGGUUAAUCGUCGUCUCGUUAAGGACAAUAAGUGGGCAGGUAGAAGUAAUCAGUCAUCAUUGAUGUGCAUUGAAGGACUCAUGGCAGGACUACCGGUAGGAUCGGUGGUGGAAAUGCGAGAAACGACAAAACAGCUAUGGAUUAGCCGAGGAAUGAACGAUCGACAGCUGGCAUCCUGCUUCCAAAAUUUCGAUGGGGUCCAAUUACUCGAGUUCACGACCGUGGGUGAUCUGUUCGGAGGCUUCACGUCCUUCAACCAACGCACAACGUUUUGGAGGAUAUGGAAGAGGUAUGUGAGAAAGUUCAGGGACGAUGACGAUGAUCGGAUCUGAUCGGUUCGAGAACAUGGCCCUGAGCAAGGGUUGGGGUUACAUUGCACAAACAGCAAGAGGUGUACUUUUCUCGGUCAUUUGGCAGGGCCGUAACGACAAAGUAUUUCACAAUGAACAGUGGUCCAUCUC